UUAAGUGUAUAUUAUAUGUGAAGCACUGAUAUUAAUGCUGUACUGUAUAUAGCAUUGAGUUAACAAACAGUUGUUGUGAGAGGUGUGUCAACAACUCAUCCAUUAAAGACAAAACUAAAUAUUGAUUAUAAUUAUAAUUAAUUGAUUAUUAUUUACAAGAAAACGAUAGACAAUGACUAUUAACGACGUCGUAAACCAAUCGGCGGCUAAUAAGACGCACGCAUUGGCCGUCACUCGAGAUUACAUAUCACAGCCGAGACUAACSUAUAAGACAGUGACCGGAGUUAACGGUCCGCUCGUUAUUUUGGACGACGUAAAGUUCCCGAAGUUUUCUGAAAUUGUUAAAUUAGUUUUAGCCGACGGCACGACCAGAACUGGACAAGUGCUAGAAGUGAGCGGUUCUAAGGCUGUCGUACAGGUAUUUGAAGGGACGUCAGGUAUUGAUGCCCGACAUACUGUCUGCGAGUUUACAGGCGAUAUAUUACGGACUCCUGUAUCUGAGGAUAUGUUGGGUAGAAUUUUUAACGGUUCGGGUAAACCUAUAGAUCGCGGACCUCCAGUUCUCGCUGAAGAUUAUCUCGAUAUUAUGGGACAACCUAUAAAUCCUGAGUCUCGUACAUAUCCACAGGAGAUGAUCCAAACUGGUAUAUCAGCUAUUGAUGUGAUGAAUUCCAUAGCCAGAGGACAGAAGAUCCCGAUAUUUUCAGCGGCAGGUUUGCCACACAAUGAAAUUGCGGCCCAAAUCUGUCGACAGGGAAGUCUUGUAAAGACUCCGGGCAGUGAUAUCGUUGACGAUAACUUUGCCAUUGUAUUUGCUGCUAUGGGUGUAAACAUGGAAACGGCCAGAUUCUUCAAACAAGAUUUUGAAGAGAACGGCUCAAUGGAAAACGUUUGUCUUUUCCUUAACUUAGCUAAUGAUCCAACCAUUGAGCGUAUUAUUACACCACGUCUUGCUUUGACUACUGCCGAGUUCUUAGCCUAUCAGUGCGAGAAACAUGUACUCGUCAUCCUUACUGAUAUGUCUUCAUAUGCAGAGGCGUUGCGUGAAGUAUCAGCUGCUCGUGAGGAAGUGCCCGGUAGACGUGGUUUCCCAGGUUAUAUGUACACCGAUUUGGCCACAAUUUAUGAAAGAGCCGGUAGAGUUGAAGGACGUACUGGUUCUAUAACCCAAAUCCCAAUCUUAACGAUGCCUAACGAUGAUAUUACUCAUCCUAUUCCUGAUCUUACUGGAUAUAUCACCGAAGGUCAAGUCUAUAUUGAUCGACACUUACAUAAUAGACAAAUAUAUCCCCCGAUUAAUGUAUUGCCAUCUUUAAGUCGACUUAUGAAAUCUGCUAUUGGAGAGGGAAUGACUCGCAAAGAUCACUCCGAUGUCUCAAAUCAGUUGUACGCCUGCUAUGCAAUUGGUAAAGACGUUCAGGCAAUGAAAGCUGUCGUCGGCGAGGAAGCGCUCAGUCCGGAAGACUUGUUGUAUUUAGAGUUUUUAGGAAAGUUUGAGAAAAACUUUAUAUCUCAAGGAAAUUAUGAGAAUCGGACAGUAUUUGAGUCGCUAGAUAUUGGAUGGCAAUUGUUGAGGAUAUUCCCCAAAGAAAUGCUUAAACGUAUUCCACAAACAACUUUGGCUGAAUUCUAUCCGCGACAGACCGGUAGUGCCGGAGCUAACAUAGGAGUGUCCGGCAAAAAAUAAACUACAAAUAUAUUUCACAUAUUUUAUUCAAAUUAAAUGUGGGUUUUAAAGAUUCAUUACUAGUCGAGAGUUAAUUAUCGUAAAAAAUCAUUCCGUUUCGUAAUUUCAAUUCAAUUCCAGCCAAGACUUAUAAAACAAUAAUAAGACAAUUGAUGUCACAUAUAAUAAGUCAUAUUAUUAUUAUCUAAUAUAAUAUAAAUUCUAAAUAUACAGUACCGUAUAUAACAAGUUAUCUAUAUAUUAUAAAUAAUCGCAAUAAAUUGUUAUGGAUUCUGUAAAUCAAGAUUACAGUUACUUAUUGUAAACA